GCUUGUUUGUUUAUGGGAUGAUGUUACAUCGCAGGACGAGUCGAAGCAGCAAAUUGCAAUCAUCAGUUUAUUUUAUUGGUAGUCGUGAUAUCAGUCAAAAGUCGUGGUAUCAAUAUUGAGUUUGUAGAAGGACCGUGUUGGUCUUGCAACUCAGAACGCCUGUCCCUAAAUCAGGUCUUGCGAACAGGUGGAGUGGAUCUCGACGUGGCUCGGCGUCGUCACGAGACACCUUUCCAGUAAGGCGAGCAGGAGCAGGAGGAGGUGCACGAUCAUCGGCCAUCCUCGCCUUGGAUCAACUCAUUUUUCGGCGUCGGUUCUCGCGCCGAGUAAACAAGCGCCGCCCGGUGCCUUGUUUGUAUUCCGGCGCUUGAACGAUCCUUCGCGACGCGCCGGGCUCGAUUGACACUGUCUGCUGAUCUGCGUGCUGGCUGCCCAUCGCUCGCAAUAACAAGGCUGCUCGCUAAUUCCCCCCACCCCGUGCGAAGAGCCUCCAAAAAAAAGCCCACAGGGGCAGGCGAGAACAACGCGCCGCCGGUGCCAGCACCCCGCUAUGGCUUCGGGAGAGCUUUACGAGGUGGAGCACAUUGUGGACAAGAGGCGAAAUAAGAAGGGAAAGUGGGAGUACUUAAUUAGAUGGAAGGGCUAUGGAAGUAAAGAGGACACCUGGGAGCCAGAGCACCACCUACUGCAUUGCGAGGAGUUCAUUGAUCGCUUCAACAGCUUGCAGCUCCACUCCGACAAGGAGCCCAAAAUUCCCAAAAGUACAACCAAUGGCCACCCUGCAGCCAUAGAAAACCCCCGGGCUCGGUCUGAAGGACGAAAGAAGAAAAGCAAUAGCGAGACAGUUGUCGGAGCCCAUGGAGGAACUGUUCAGGGGAUUGAAAGUAGAGGCUUAGGACAUGUUCACAGACCACUGAAUCUCGGCAUACGGCCUGGCAAGCUUGGUCUGCAGGACAAACUGGGCAAGGCCAUAACAUUUAAAACUCAGCAAGUGGGAGACACAAGCUUCGUGUCCCAAGUGAGAGAACCUCAUAACGGACUCUUGAACGGAGAUGCGGAGCCGCAUGUUUACAGACCAGCUUCGACGUCACACAGAGCAUCCUCAAAUAGAGUGGAUCGAGGUCUGGAAGAAAUAGAUGCUACUGACUUGGGCUCCCCUCUGGCCAGAGGUAAAAUGCAUCUGCACAGCUCAGUGAAACGCAAGCUGGCGGAGAACAAGUGCUACGUGUUUGACAAGCGGCUCAGGUACAACGUGCGACAGAACGAGAGCAACUGUCGAUUUCGGGACAUCGUCGUCCGGAAGGAGGAUGGUUUCACGCAUGUCCUUCUUUCCAGCCAAACAACGGAAAACAACGCUCUCACACCUGAGAUCAUGAAGGAGGUGUGUCGGGCUCUUGGGAAUGCAGCAGCCGAUGACAGCAAACUGUUAUUGCUCAGCUCUGUGGGGACUAUCUUCUGCAGUGGACUAGACCCAUCCUACCUGAUCGGCCGUCUGUCCACCGACCGCAGGAAAGAGAGCAGUCGCAUUGCAGACGCCGUACGGGACUUUGUGUUGGCAUUCAUACGCUUCAAAAAACCCAUAGUGGUGGCAAUCAAUGGGCCUGCACUGGGGUUGGGGGCUUCCAUCCUGCCCCUGUGUGAUGUGGUUUGGGCAAGUGAGAGAGCCUGGUUCCAGACUCCCUGUGCAGCCCUUCACCUCACCCCAUCUGGCUGCUCCUCUUAUACUUUCCCACAAAUUCUCGGUGUGGCUCUGGCCAACGAGAUGUUGUUCUGCGGUAGAAAGCUGACAGCUCAAGAAGCGUGCAAUCGAGGUCUGGUGUCGCAGGUAUUCUGGCCAACCACAUUUAAUCAGGAAGUGAUGCUGCGUGUGAAGGAGAUGGCGUCAUGCAAUGCUGUGGUUCUUGAAGAAUCCAAAUGCCUGGUGAGGAGCUUCCUCUUGCGUGUUCUGGAGGAAGUGAAUGAGAAGGAGUGCCAGAUGCUAAAGCAGCUUUGGUGCUCCACCAAAGGACUGGAGGCCCUCUUCAGCUACCUACACAACAAAACCAGAGAACAAGCCCGGGAUUGAGUUCGCUUCCAACAAGUUGUUCUGGAUCAAGUUUUUAGAAGAUCGCUUUAAAUUGGACCGUCCAGAUGUUGAGUGUCCUUUCGAGAGGUCUAACGGACCAAAAGUGCUUUAGUGUCAGGUACUGUAAACAGGGCUCUCGGGGGAGGUACAGUCUCUUCUGUACCAAUGUGAGAAACAAUCCAGAUGAACGGGGGAAAAAAUUCUGAUGCCACAUGACAAAGUGAUCAUAAUAUAUAUAUAUAUUCCUUAUACAUAUUUAAGCACAAAAUUAUUUUUUUGUAUAUAAGAUCUUUAUUUUAAUUCUUUAGUUGCCUGCUAUUUUUACAGUGAAAACCAAAGUUUGCAUGAAGACUCCGUUUCUUUAUCCUUAACAUUCCUCUCAGGCUACGGAAAUGUUUCCCUCAGCACAUCAGUUGUAGUGUCUACACUACAUAUAUGAGUUUUUGUGGGCAGAUGAAUUGGUAAUUUAUCAAUCUGUUGAUUGCGUAGCGUUGGCACUGUUCGCUCGGAAGAACAGCAUUAUGUCAGCUUGGGAUAAUAGCGUGACAUCCUCACUAUGGCAAUGCUUCUAGGCAGCAAUAUUCUGCUCCAUACUAAAAAAAAAAAAAAAAACACCAUGAGCCACUAAAUAUGAUCACAAAUCACUGUUAGCUCAUAUGAAGUAGUAGCAAAUAAUAUAUCGUGGAAGAAUAAGCCUACCUCUUUUUUUCUCAUAAACAUCUUCAGGCACAACAAUAUAAUCUGAAUUAAUAUGAUCACCAACUGUUCUGUCUAGUCAAAAGUCUUGGGGCACAUUUAUUAAACCACAACGCCCGUCUCGUAGAGACUAGGCCCUUAAGUUCCUCAUGAAUAUUCAUCUCGACAUUUUUGCCAAUUCCACGCUUUGAACUUCAUCGCAACAUUCAGUGGAAAAAAAACAUUGUUUCAUUCACAGUGCACGAAGCCUUAACGGCAUGCGUGGGGACGUUCAUCAAACACCUUUGGGAUUACUAGAAUAGACGGACAAUGAACUCUCACCUCUAAAUUGUUCUGACAAAAAAAAAAAAAAAUCCCACAGGACCACUGAAAAUUGUAGUCAUUCCAUAACUUUGAAUGUUCAAAUUGAGGACAAUAUCGUUUUUUCUUCCAUUUUUCAUUUUCUGAUUUUACUUUACUAUCCACAUUAUCUUCUGCCACAGCCAACAUCUUCUGCUUACUGUCACUUCGCAGUUUUAGUGGAGCAGAUAAGUGAAAGACUUGUUUGAAUAUUGUUUAAAGCUGGAAUUUUUGGAUAUAUACUCUUCGAAUCCAAAUAUUUAAAAAAUUCCGCUGCUCACGCAAAAUUCCAAGAUAACAGCCUCAAAAUCCAAGGUUUCUGCCCAAUUUUUUUUUAACCACUCAAAAUGGAUUGAUUUUAGAGCCAGGAAAUGUGCUAAAUUUGAAAAUAAAAUUGUGUAUUGGAGAUAUAUUGGCACAAGUGCAUGUCUGUAUCUUUUGCAUUUCUUGUGCUAUAGCAUAUACAGUAGCUAGGUUUCCAGACUCAAAAAGGAAAACAAAAAUUUGGUUUAUGAGUUGUAUUUCUUUUUUCUUAAUCCACAGAUGCACUAACGCUGAUUGCAUACAUGGCUGGUAUUGAUAUUUCGGUAUCACAAGAAUGCAUGUUGCCACUCUAAUACUUUAACAACAGCAUGAAGUACUUACCUCUGAAGGUCUAUAUAGUAGUAUUUCUUUCAGCUUGUCCCAUUAGGGGUCGCCACAGCGUGUCAUAUCAGAUGAACGCUCACAUUUGUUUGGCACAGUUUUUACGCCGGAUGCCGUACCUGACGCAACCCCUCUGCAUUUAUCUGGAGCCUAUCCCAGCUAACUUUGGGCGAAAGCAAACCACACCCCGAACUGGUCACCAGCCGGUCGCAGGGAAGAUAUCGACACCAUCACUGAGCGGGAAUCGAUCCCAUGCUGCCUGCACCAAAGGCAGCCGUGUGUACCAGCACACCAUGACUAGAAAAUCAAUAGUUUCAAAUUUAUGACUGAUAAACCCAUUUUUGUCAACUCACAUAGACCUUCAGAUGCCACUGAUGGUAUAGUGGUGCACACGCCUGCCUUUGGCGCAGGCAGCAUGGGAUCGACUCCCGCUCAGUGAUGGUGUCGAUAUCUGCCCUGCGACUGGCUGGUGACCAGUUCAGGGUGUAGUGGGUUAGGCUCCAGCUUGGCCGUGACCAUUUUUAUGAUAAAUGGCUUGGAUAAUGGAUGGAUGGAUGGAUGGAUGAGUUUCUGCUUCAUAAGUACACUGAAGGACAUUCAUGGUCUUAUUUGUAUACGCACUAAACUGUUCCAUAAUGGUUUCAUACAUGCCAUUGAUAAAUACGAUCUUCUACCAAAAUGUCCACUAUAGCCAUAUUUCUAUUUGAUUGAUUGAUUUUGUCUAUAUUAAUAUAUAAUUUUUCAAAAUUAUGGCUCAUAAACCAUAAAUAAAGAAUUAUAAAAGUGUAUAUAUAACAAAUUUCAUGCUUGUUUUGAAUGAUUCUUGCUUUAUGCGUUUGCAAUCAUCUGUUCAACUAUUUUAGUUUCUUGUUACGUUAAAUUAAUUCAUCCUUGAUUUUUUUUUUUUUGUUUGUUUUGUUUUUUUUUUUCCCCAUUUUGCUUCUUGUUUUGCCCAUUUGUCCCUACUGAAUGCUACGUCACUUUGGCAAAUUUGACAUGAAGGAUACCAAUGCCUCCCCAUUAAGGUUAAAUGAGAGUCCUAAUUAUAAUACACAGGCUAUAGUGUAAGUUCAACAAUGGAAAGAUUUGCACUGGAGUCCACCCCAUUUUUGGGACAAAAUGUCCACAAAAAAAUGACUUGUGCCCGAUGAAACAUUUGACGUCUGUACAAUCACACGAUAUUUAUUGACAGUCUAGUUUACUACUACAGUAAUUGUCGAGUAAUCCAAUUGUGGUUCAGGUAAUUUUCAGUGAUCAGUGUUGUGAGUCGCUGUCGGGAAUUUAUGUAUCAGCGCGUGACGACUGAAGAGAGGUUCUAUUUUCGUGUGUUAUGUUUAGGAUCUAUUUUGUUUUACCAAAUAUAUAUACAAUGUGAAAUAUGUGGAAACUAUUUUGUAAAAAAAAAAAAAUAAUAAUAAUCCUAAUAAUAAAUCAUAUAGACUGCCAUACUUGUUGCAUGUAAGAUACUGUAAAUAAUAUGAAUCUGUGGCUUCUUAUUUUGUACCUGCAUUGUAAGUAGGCGAUAUUGGAGAUAUUAGUUGGAUGUGUGGAUGUUUAUUUUUGUAUUUAUUCAAGGAAAGAUGUGCAUUGCACCUGUGUCACCCUGAUUCUCAGUAACCCGUUAUUAACCGUUUAAGAUUAGACUUAUUGAACAAAAGGGGUUGGAAAAGGGUCUAUGUCGUUUACAAGUGAAGAUAUUUAUUUUAAAUCUUGACUAAAUUUCAAUAUAAAAGAGUGAAGUAAUGUUUACCUUUGAGAUAAACUUUCAUUUGUGAAGCUGUCAAAGGCUUAUUUAAUCAUUUCAUAUUCAGCAUAGUGUUUGAUUGAGGUUUUAGCAACUUAUUAAUUUGUAUACAACCAGGGCAGAAAAAUGAUGUGAAGACAUUCCCCUGGCCCCUCAAAAAAAAACUUCCACAAAAUAAAGAUAAAUUAAAUGUAUGAUUAGUGGCUUCCUUUUUUCCUCUCACAUAGGGAUGCACCUGACCUUUAUUAUGCUUGUUUUUGAUUUAAGGGAUCAAUACACGCUAAUCCAUACAGUAUUCACAUAUACACACAAAUUAAGUUCACUGCUGAUUUCCUUUCUCAUCUUUAUGAACAUUUCCGCAGGAUAAUGAUCCAAAACGCAGUUGGUUUCAAAGGGGGGGGGGACCCAUCACCUGGCUUGAAUCUAAUUGAGAAUCUAUGGAAAGAACUCAUAUUCAAGGAGCAUAAAAGAAGCCCGCGGAACUUGCAAGAUUUGAAGACUGCUUUCUGUAGAGGAACGGGCCAAACACACAACAGAGCAAUGGAUUGUCAUCCAGCCAUUUUCUUUGCCGCUUAUCCUCACAAGGGUCGCGGGGA